UUUAUGCCAAUGAAAGUUUAAAGGUCAUAAUAAUUAUAAACAUUAAUUUUUGGCAAGUUGGUGCUUGCGCUUGUCCUGGCAGUGGACCGCGCUGGUUGGAGUACACAAGCCAAGUAGCUCUGUGUCUGUGUUAUAGUCGGCCGUACAGAUCAUGUUGACAAUAAGGAAGAAGUUGGCAGAGCAGGCAUCCAAUGGAGAACAGUCUCAAGCAGGGGUCAGAGUUCAACGGAGGGUGUCGUUCAGAUCACAGCUACUUAUCGCUGAGGCGGGCGAGCUGGGAGAGGUGACUCCUAAUACAUGUGCUGUCACCUUUGACAACCCAGAUGACCUGAGGGAGUUCACAGUGACAGUGAUACCUGAUGAGGGAUAUUGGGAAAAAGGGAAAUUCACAUUCCACGUAUCCAUACCACCAGAAUAUAACAUUAAGCCCCCCUGUGUGAGAUGUGAGACCAGGCUCUGGCAUCCUAACAUCACGGAGACAGGGGAAGUAUGCUUGAGUAUACUGAGAGAGACCUCAAUAGAUGGCUCAGGAUGGUCACCUGCUAGGAGACUCAAGGACGUGGUUUUAGGAAUAAAUUCUUUAUUUACAGACCUCCUCAACUUUGAUGACCCCCUGAACCUUGAUGCUGCCCAGCACUACGAGGGAGACAAGGUAGCGUUUGCUCGGAAGGUGCAGCAGUUUAUACGACUUUACGCUAGCUAGCUAUCUCUCCAACAUGCACAAUCAUUCCCUCGUUGCUUCAUCAUGUAUAAAACAUUAUCAAAACCAACAGUGA